CACAGGAUGAAUUAUCAUUAAGGGUGGAGAAAACCAAACAUAUUUGGUCCCUGUAGCUUUUGGCCUUUUUGGCUACUGACGGCUCCCCAGCUGGAGGUUUCAUUUACUGGACUGAGAAAGCUUCCUGUGGCGUUUAAGGCACACAAGUUGAUAAAUGAAUGUAGCUUUCCUUCGAGGUUCAUCAAUGCUUUUUUAUUGAUUAGCUUAGUCUAAUUAGUCUUUUUGCACCAAGUGAGAUGUUUGAUGACACUUACCUUUUGUUUGACGCUAAUAUCACAAGAAAGUAAAAUGUUUUCAUGUGGGUCCGCGAUUGGCCACCCACCAGUCCAAAGUCAGUCAGCCGGGAUAGGCUCCAGCAUAGAAGAUGGAUGGAUAUUCAGUUAAUAAGCUUUUAUAAUGGAGGCAGUUUGACCUUGGAAUAUGAUAUUCCCAUUACAGUCGUCCUUCAUCACUUCAUACUUCGACUUUCACAGCUUGACUCUAUCACUAAGGUUUUUUUUUCCAGAUAUAUUCAUUAAAAAAAAUAUCGCUUCGUGGUUGACUUAUUAAAAAGUAUUCAUAUUUAAGCUCAUUUUUACGAGUUUUUGGCCUUAAUUAAGCAUUUACCAGAUUAAAAAUGGAUAAACAAACUUGAAUAUUUAAAAAAAAAAGCAUUCAAAGUACAUACUAUACUGACACACUAAUAAUAUACAAAUACAUAAGUAUUAUUACUAUAUAAACAUGUGGUAAGCAUAUGGAAUGAAACAAACCGUAAGCUAGGUGUAUAUUUUCUUUUAUUUUAUCUUAUUAUGUCUAAUUAAUACAGGGCUGCACGGUGGUGGAGUGUUUAGCGUGCAGGCCUCGCAGCUCGGAGACCCAAGUUCAAUUCCACCCUUGGCCUGCGUCUGUCUCUGUGUCCAUAGUUUGUUUGUCAAUGGUUAUGAAUGUGAGUGUGAAUGGUUGUUUGUCUAUAUGUGCCCUGUGAUUGGCUGGCCACCAGUCCAGGGUGUACCCCGCCUCUCCCCUGAAGACAGCUGGGAUAGGCUCCAGCACCCCCGCGACCCUCGUGAGGAAAAAGCGGUAGAAAAUGAAUGAAUGAAUGAAUGUCUAAUUAAUACAGGGCUGCACGGUGGUGAAGUGGUUACCGUGCAGGCCUCGCAGCUUAUAAACCCGAGUUCAAUUCCACCCUUGGCCUGCGUCUGUCUCUGUGUCCAUAGUUUGUUUGCCCAUAGGUAUGAAUGUGAGUUGUUUGUCUAUAUGUGCCCUGUGAUUGGCUGGCGACCAGUGCAGGGUGUACCCCGCCUCUCGCCCUAGCACGGCUGGGAUAGGCUCCAGCACCCCCAUGACCUUUGUGAGGAUAAGCGAUAGAAAAUGAAUGAAUGAAUAAAUGUCUAAUACGAGUGUAAAAGUGACUAUAGGGGUGUUAUUUCAUGUCGAGAGGGCUCUAAUAAUGUUAACUCUAAUAAUGUUGUGGAAGUGUGCGCUUGGUCUGCUUUGCUCCAGUCCACGGAAGGGUUAAUGCACUUUCUCCCCCCCCCCCCCCCCCAGAGGCUCUUCAUGCUCCUGUGUAAACCUGCAGCAGAGAUGACAGCCAGUCCAUGUCAGUGAAGUAUGUGUGCACACACCCCGAUAAUGGGAGUGUACAGCAGAGGCAGAACACCUUCCACCUCCUGCCUCCUGCCUUGUUUACCUCCGGGAAUCACAGCAGCCGCCUAAUGCUUUGCACUCAGCUCUGGCCCUACUACCAUCCACCAGGGAGGAACACUUAGCACCGCAGCCAUGGGGAAGCAGAUAGCUGAGCAGCUUCCCUGGAUUUCGCUGCCAACUCCGCUUAGUUUAGCCUGAAGAUGGAAACACUGGAGUCCGAGCUGACAUGCCCAAUUUGUCUGGAGCUCUUUGAGGACCCGCUUCUCUUGCCUUGCGCUCACAGCCUUUGUUCCAACUGCGCCCACCGCAUCCUGGUGUCGCACUGCACCCCCAGCGAGCCCAUCCAGUCCAUCCGCGCCUUCCAGUGCCCGACCUGUCGCUAUGUCAUCAACCUCAGCCAGAGAGGCCUAGAGGGACUCAAGCGCAACGUCACCCUGCAGAACAUCAUUGACCGCUACCAGAAGGCCUCCCUGAGCGGACCCAACUCGCCCAACCAGACCCGGCGGGAACGAGCCGCCCCCGACACCAGCGCCAUGACGCAGCUCGGCGACAGGGUGCAGUGUCAGUUUUGCGAGCAGGAGCCGCCGCAGGACGCCGUGAAGACCUGCGUCACUUGCGAGGUGUCCUACUGCGACGAGUGCCUGAAAGCCACCCACCCCAACAAGAAGCCCUUCACGGGCCACCGCCUCAUCGAGCCCCUGCUGGACUCCCACUUACGAGGGGUCAUGUGUGUGGAGCACGAGGACGAGAAGGUCAACAUGUACUGCGUGACGGACGAGCAGUUGAUCUGCGCCUUGUGCAAACUGGUGGGACGACACAGGGACCACCAGGUCGCCGCCCUGGGGGAUCGCUACGACAAACUCAAGCACGCUCUGGAAACCAACCUCAGCAAUCUCAUCAAGAGGACCAGCGAGUUGGAAUCUCUCAUGGGAAAACUCAUCCAAACGUGCCAACACGUGGAGAUAAACGCAUCCAGGCAGGAAAACAAGCUGCUGGAAGAGUGUGACGUCCUGAUCAAUAUCAUACAGCAGAGACGGCAAAUCAUCGGUACCAAGAUAAAGGAGGGAAAGACUAUUCGCCUGAGGAAGUUAGCGCAACAAAUCGGCAGCUGCAAGCAGUGCAUCGAGAGGUCGUCCUCGCUCAUCACUCAGGCUGACCACGCCCUCAAAGAGGCGGAUCAUACUCGCUUCCUUCAGUCGGCCAAAAGCGUCUGUGAACGCGUCUCCAUGGCAACGGCGUCCUCUCAGAUCUUGCUACCGGAAAUUAACCUGAAUGACACUUUUGAUACAUUUGCUCUGGACUUCACACGGGAGAAGAAAAUGUUAGAGAGUUUAGAUUAUCUCACAGCUCCAAAUCCACCGGUAAUCCGGGAGGAAUUAUGCACGGCUUCAUACGACACCAUCACAGUUCACUGGACGUCAGAUGAUGAGUUCUCCGUCGUGUCCUAUGAACUUCAGUACGCCAUCUUCACCAGUCACUGCAACGUUGUCAGUUUGUGUAACUCGGCUGACAGCUGGAUGAUUGUGCCUAACAUCAAACAAAACCACUACACAGUCCACGGACUCCAGUGCGGCACCAAGUACGUCUUCAUUGUUAAAGCCAUCAACCAGGCUGGAACCCGUAGCAGCGAACCAGGGAAACUCAAGACCAACAGUCAACCAUUCAAACUGGAUCCAAGGUCGGCUCACCGGAAGUUAAGAGUGUCUCAUGAUAACCUGACGGUGGAGAGGGACGAAACGUCGUCCAAAAAGAGCCACAGUCAAGACCGAUUUAGCAGCCACAGCAGCUACGGCGUCAUGGGGAACGUUUAUAUUGACAGCGGACGCCAUUACUGGGAGGCUCUGAUAGGAGGAAGCACAUGGUUUGCCGUGGGUAUCGCCUACAAAUCGGCACCAAAACACGAAUGGGUGGGCAGAAACGCCGCCUCCUGGGUCCUGUCCCGCUGUAACAACUCAUGGGUGGCUCGUCACAACAACAAGGAGACGCCCAUCGAACCCUCACCGCACCUGCGGCGUCUCGGCGUGCUGUUGGACUACGACUCCGGCUUCCUGUCUUUCUACGACGCCGUGGGCUCUCAGCACUUGUACACGUUCGACAUCGCCUUCGCGCAACCCGUCUGCCCCGUGUUCAACGUGUGGAACCGAUGCGUAACCAUCCUCACUGGACUUCCCAUCCCGGAUCACCUGGAGGGGACAGAGUCCAGCAACUGACAGGACCGACUCGGAUGUUUUUCGGCACAGAAUACGACUGAUGCAAAUCUUUUGCUGAAUUGAACUUACAAUUAGCAUUUCCUUAUAGCAUUUUACUUUGCACAUGUGCUGUAUGUACAUGAUACUGCUGGGUCAUUUACUGUUACUGUCAAGUUGCAGCGAUGCAGCUUACAUUUUGAAUUCCUACAACAAAUAUUUUAAAUAGACUGCAUUGUACAUUUCAUUUCUUCAUUUCUAUCCAUGUAAUGUAAAAAAAAUAUUUUUGUGUCACUGUUCUGUUUCUGGAGGGCUUUGCGAUAAAUGUAUAUUUUUAAUAUGUCUUUGCAAACUUUUUAGCACUUUGAGAAGACACAAGGAGUGUCACAAUAAAAUGCAUUCUGAAGCCACUUGAACAAGAUAA